CUCCAGCUUCUUCCUCUCCAGUCGCUCUGAGCGCAACAACCUGCGCGGAGCUCCGUCUCUCCCUCCCCCACCUCAUCCCUCCAUCAUCCCUCCAUCCGCCCCAGAGGAGGUGAGGAUGAGCCGGCGGACCGACCCCUGCUCCUGCCGCUGAUUCCCUCCCGCUCUCAUGGUUCCCCUCCCGGCUGCAGGCAGAGGAUGCGGCUGCUCGUUUUCGCCACUUUACUGGGACUCUUCCUGGACGCAGGCGACGGCCUCCAGAUCCAGUGCUACCAGUGUGAGGGUGUCAACUACGACUGCUCCACGCCCGAGUUCAUCGUUAACUGCACGGUCAACGUCCAGGACAUGUGCCAGAAGGAAGUGCUGGUCAAACCUGACGGAACCCACUACAGGAAGUCGUGCGCGUCGUCGUCGGCCUGCCUCAUCACCUCCUCCGGCUACCAGCAGUUCUGCACCGGCCGGCUCAACUCGGUGUGCAUCAGCUGCUGCAGCACGCCGCUCUGCAACGGCGUCAAGAAGAAGCGGCCCGUGCCGUCGGCCGCCGCCGCCGCCAGCGGGCGGGCCCUGCUCUUCCUCACGCCGCCCAUGCUGCUCCACCUGACGUAGUUGGACCUCGGACUGUCGCGUAGAGCCACGCAGGGUAGACGUAGCUCUUUUUCUGGUUUGUUGCUCACGAGAGGAAAAAAAAAAGGAAAAAAAGGAGCCUAAUGUAUCCCCUCGGUCAUUUUGUGUUAAUUAUUAAGCAAAGAAAAUCAUUGGAUCAGCUCCUGUGAAGCACGGUAGUGACAGGGUGAUGCUGGGGGCCUGCUGGGUCCACAAUCAUGUUAGUGCUACCAGCUUUUGAGUCGGAUGCCUAAAGAAAAAGCGGCUAAAAGCUUUGAUUCCUAAAACCCCAGUCGGCGUUUCUGCUUCAGGAGGUAAGAAGAAAAGCACGGCGGUGGCAGGGUGGUGAUACGGGCUUGUUUUAUAUACCUGGAUCUGUUAUUUGUCCGUCCAGGGUGGAACGAAGUUAGCUUGUGAUUGUUUUCAAACCUGAACGCUGACGUUCUGUUCCAGGUGGGUCCCAGGGGCUGACAGGUGAACGGGUUUGGAUUCUGGUUCCCAGUCCCCAGUCGCCGGUGUCGCUUUUCGUGAAUUGGAGUGCAAUCGGCAGAUCUUUGGAUCAUUUCAGGCUUUUAUUUUAUGCUCUUAUGGUUUGAAAUGGCCUGUGGAAUUAACUUUGUAUUGAUAUAGUCAUUGUUAUUUCUCAGAAUUACACUUUACUUAUAUUUACAUAUAUAUACAUAUAUUUACACACUGCCAGGCGGUAUUUUAUCCUUCUUUCAUUGCAGGAAGUAUAAAGGAACUAAAAUGCAUCUGUUUAAGUUGCUGCCUACUAAUCUACCGACACAUAAUCGAGCUAAUUCUUUCAAAUAAAAAAAUUUGCGGGGCAUUUAGAUGUAUAAGACAUGAAUUAUUAUGAUUAUUAUUUCAACGACGGCGCAGCAUUACGAGUGAAAAACAAUAAAUACGCCUCACAGCUUCAAAUUAAACCUGCGUGUUCUCUGGACUCCUUACUCUGUAAAAAAAAAAAGAAGUGUCAAAUUUAAGAGGAACUCAUUUUUAAAAAAUAAGCACUUUCAAUCUUUGUCAUUAUUUCCCCAACGCCUUCCAUUUCCGCCUCACUCUGCAGGGUCUGAGUGUGUUUGUGCUCAACGCGCCGUGGACAAUAAAGUGUCAGAUGUUGUUUAUUUAUUCAUUUAUUUGAGGCCGACUCGACAGUCUGUUUUUACAGUGCUUUAGCUAUAGUAGAGGAGGGACGUCCAUGGCUUCUUCUGACGAGUCUUCUGUGAAGAGUAACGCUGUAUUCUGCUGAUAUGUGGUUUCAAUAAAUGUUGCAGAAAAAUCUGCUCUUAUAUUGUGUUUGUGGCAAAUCCGCAGAACGUCCUGGCAUUUCUUCACGCCGAUUCUUUUUCAACAUAUUUGUUGCGUUCAUCAUCCUCUGUAACAUUUGAGACAAGCUUGAUAUUUGAAUGUUGUUAAUGAAGAAAGUAGCUUCUUGUGCGAUCAGCUUAAUUCACAAUAUUUGAGUGAAAUGGAGGCGGAGCUUUGGGUGCUUGAAGCAAUUCCAAGAUGGCUGAUGACGUUUCUGUUUACAGCUAACAUGGUUCCGACACACACAAAAAGGAAACGUAUGACUAAAACUUUGGAUUCAUAAGAAAGUAAAACGUUGAAUUAGAUGGAAUCUAACAGACAUCAACCCGUCAAGGAGAAUAUAAAUAGACGAUGGAUCCAGUGCAGUCCAGCUGUAGCGGUCUCAAUCAGUAACAACUUCAACACCAAUGACUGUUGUUGUGUUCAGUGUUCUAACGUUGAUGAAAUUCGUACCAUUCCAUUCGCUGGCUUUAUAGUCUUAUCCUGGCAUUAACGCAUCAGCGGACAGCGGUCUCCUGUAGACCUUUACUCUGACACUAGAAAAAGUAAAAACAAUUCCAGACGUUUCAUGACAGAUGGAGGUUAAAAAGUCCAAAAUGAGAAACUUUCCAGUAUCUUCCAUUUUAUCUCCUGAAAGUCUUGCUCUCUCUCGCUGUCCCACAGCCUGGUACAGCUUAAAAUGGUGUGCUCACUGAAACAGGGUCAUGGAGUUCCAGUGAACAGGGUACCAAUAUUCUCUUGGUAUAUUUAUUGUUUUUCAUAAAUUGUGCAGCCCUACUGAAAUGUAAAAGAAAAACACAGACCGACAGAAACAGAACAACCAAACUGUUGGGAACCAAGACGUUUAAUCUGUCCAUCGCCGUUUCUUCCUUCCUGGUCUGUCUGGCUUCACCAGCUCUGAUUCCUGUCAUUUCCACAUUGGAAACACCUUCCCACAGGUAACCUGUAGAAUCUAUGUAGAUCUUCUAUAAGUCUGUUGUUGAGAGCGUCAUGCAGAAUCAGAGCCAGUGACCUAAAAAGGCUCACCAACCUGAUACAGAAGACUGGUUCUGUUUUGGGGACGGCUGUGGAACCUCUGGAAACGAUCCAAAGUAGGAUUCUUCAUAAAAUCAAAAAAUAACUACGGACAACCCUGACCAUUCUCUUCAUGAGACCGUCUUGAGAAAACAGACUGUCUUCAGUAGGAGGCUUCUUCAGACUCACUGCAGCACAGACUGCUACAGGAGAUCUUUCCUCCCAACAGCCAUCACCGUCUUCACUAACUCUUUAAUGAGUCACAACAACAUUUAAUAUCUUUUCAGGGUCAAUAAAGUAUUUUUGAAUUUGA